AUUAGUUGCACCUGUGUCUCGUUGUCUCUCUAACCUAGGUCUAUUUAAGUCUGUGUCCUUCAUUUCUUAAGUUGUCAGUUUGUUGUUGUACCUCUGUCAAGUGUCCUGGUUUAUUGUUUCCCUUGUACCUUUCCUGUCUUUGGAUUUUGCCUGCUCACUAUUGGAUUUGUGUUUCCGAAACAGAAAUUAUAUUCUCAAAACUACAUGGACAAACCUCUAAACCACUUGGCAAUUGUUCACAACAGAAUUGAAUUUCUCAUUCAUUUUGCAAAUUGCAAAUGUCUAAGUACAUGUCUCAGUGUCUCAGUACAUCUUUGCAAAUGAUUAAGUACAGGUAGCCAACAUUUAGCACAAUUUCCAAGUGAAUAGAUCUUGUUGAUCUAAACUGAUUGUCGAUUCUCAGUCUAAUGAUUGUUUGCUCCAAAACGUGUCAGCGUCAUUUCAUUGUAUAAGUCAUCACAUGCACAAUAGUUUGUUUAAUUGUCAAAAUUACUCAAGAACAUAAUACCGUGAAUACCAUAUAUGAAUCCUUGGAACAUUUGAUAAAUUAUUACAGCAAUUGACAGUCAGGUGAAACUAGAACUUGACUAAUGAAGGAGGAGUUUCACACAUCUCAGAUGACCAAUCAAACAGUAUGUUUAGUUACCUGACAGGUGCUGUCCAUGACUGUGAAUGCUGCCAAACAUGUAUGUAAAGAGCUUGACCAUGCAGGACCAGUACAGUUUCUGAACAUGGACGCACCUGGCCAAGUAAAUGAACAAGGGCAGCUACCUGCUCGAGGAAGAGGAAGGAGAAGAGGAGGAGGAGUAAGGGUGCGUGGUGGUGGAAUAGGGGGAAGAGGCAGAGGAGGACGAAGACACCAUGCUGUCCCGGAUGAAAUUCGGGCCACAAUUAUAGACCAUGUCAUCAACCAUGGCCUCACAAUGGUGGAGGCAGGUGGUCGAGUGCAGCCUAAUGUGCCUUGCUCUACAGUCUCCUCCAUCAUCCAAACCUUUCACAGGGAAAACAGGUAUGUUGUCAGUCAAUGAUGGAAUUAUAUGUUGUAUAGGACAGGACACUGUGCAUAGACCAAGAAAUAUAUUUAUUUACACAUUUACCUAUUCCUAUUAUGAUACUAAAAAUGACUAGAAAAACAUUGGAGAAAAUAAACUAUGGAAUAGUUUAUUUUCUACAGUAUUGAUGAUACAGUUUACAGUAGUAUUCCAGUCACUGUGCAGUGAUGCAUUAGAAUUGUGGUAAAGUUACUGUAAGUAAAACAACAAUACAAUUGCAUAGGUAACUCAUUCUGUAAGGAAUACAUAAGGUAUACAUUACGAAUGAAGUGUCCUUUGAAUUCUAUGUCUAGGAUUGGAUGACAACCUUGCACGGGUGGCAGAAGAAAACUUCUUAGUGAACAACAAGAACAAGAGAUCUGUAACAUGGUGAUGGCAAAUAAAGCCAUCACAUUGAGAGAGAUCCGCGCUGCAAUCCUACAAGACAAUGCCAUAUUCCAAAAUGUCAACUCUAUAAGCAUCUCCACAAUAGACCGGAUAUUGAAAAAGCAUGAGAUGACAAUGAAGCAAAUUUACAGGGUACCAUUUGAGAGGAACUCUGAUAGAGUGAAAGAGCUGCGGUACCAGUAUGCACAAAGAACAAUGACAUUGGAAGGAAACGAGACCCCUCACAUCCUCGUGUUUGUGGAUGAAGCUGGCUUCAACCUGGCCAAGGGCCGAAGACGUGGCCGUAAUAUUAUUGGCUACCGGGCCACAGUGGAUGUUCCAGGCCAGCGAGGGGGCAAUAUAACCAUGUGUGCUGCCAUAUCUGAGAAUGGUGUGGCCACUCACAUCCCCAGUCUUGACCCAUACAAUACACAGAAGCUCCUCAUCUUCUUGGACCGCCUUCAUUUUGAUUUGGUCCCUGAAAAUGAGAGAGGUCUCAUAGGGCCUCAAUUACCACAAUAUGUUAUUGUAUGGGACAAUGUGAAUUUCCACCGUGGCCCUGGUUCACGACUCAUCCAAGGAUGGUCAUGGUUUUCCUACCACCUUACUCUCCUUUCCUCAAUCCUAUUGAGGAGUUUUUCUCCGCUUGGAGGUGGAGAGUGUAUGAUCGUAGGGCUCACGAUCAGAGGUCCCUGCUCCAUCCAAUGGAUGCAGCGUGUGACGAUAUUACAGGUGAUAACUGUAGGGGAUGGUUGAGACAUGCACGUUGUUUCUUCCCACGUUGCAUCACAAGGGAGAAUAUACGCUGUGAUGUGGACGAGAAUUUGUGGCCAGAUGGACAGCAGCAUGUGGAUGGCCAGGAGGGUGAGGACGGUGGCCAGGAGAGGGAGGGUGAGGACAGCGACCAGUAAAGAACCUUUCUUUACAGCACUGUAGGCUACAUAUAAUUUUCAUUGUUUUUUGUUUGUGUGUUUAUAUUACAGUAUAUUAUGCUGUAUACAUUUUCUUUUUACUUUUUUCUUUUUUCUUGUGUGAAUAAAAAUGGUUACAAUUUCCUUGGCAGUAUGAGUGCAAUGUGUGAUGUCAAACCUUGGAGGCUACUCUUACCCUAAAAUCAUAUUUCUUUUUUCAGUUUUAUUUACACCAUUGUAUUCUGUUAGCUAGACAAACAAACAGUACAGUAAGCAUUGUGCCAUAGUGACAAAACAUCUAAACAUUUUGACUUGCAGUGCUUACACAAUGCCAAAGGGACGAAGCCUUUUGGGGGCACUGACUGUUUAAAUGAGAAGGAAAUUUAGUUUUGACACGAGUAAAAUGUUUUAGGAGAGGUAUGAGCUUUUGCAGGUAAACCAUGGUGUUGUGCCGAACCAUCCACAUUAUUUUGACAAAAGCACCAAGACUGUUGAGAAUGUCCGGUCUGUUUUGAGAAAUGAGCCAAAGCAAUUGAGAAGGAUCUUUGCCAUUUCUGUGGCACUGACUCUUUAUAUGGAAAAGGAAUUUAGUUUUGAACCAUGAGUGAACAGUUUUGGUAGAGAUAUGAGCUUUUCCAAGUGAGCUAUAGUGUUGUGCUGAACUGUAAGACUGUUUUGCCAAAUUAUCUUAGAGUUUUGAGAA